AUGGAUCACAUAGGGGCUCACCACCUCCACCAGAACCACGCCGAGCCCAUCAGCUUUGGAAUCGACCAGAUCCUCAACAACCCGGACCAAGGCAGCUGCAUGAUCUCCGGCUCCCGGCUGCAAGACUCCUCCGACUACGGCUUGAGCUGCAUCGUCAGCAGCGCCUACAACACCAUGACGGGCAGCUACGGGGCGAACGGCGGCUCGGCCGGGGCUUACCCGGGCGCCUGCAGCAUGGCUUCCCUGCCGGGCUCCUACAACGUCAACAUGGGGGUGGCCAUGAACGGGAACGGCCUGAGCUCGGCGGGGGGCGUGAUCCGGGUGCCGGCGCACAGGCCGCUGGCUGGCGGGGGGCACCAGCCCCUCUCCACCGGGAUGCCCACCGUGCCCUCGGUGAACACCAUGAACAACCUCACGGGACUCACUUUCCCCUGGAUGGAGAGCAACAGGCGAUACACGAAAGACAGGUUCACAGGUCACCCCUACCAGAAUCGGACGCCGCCCAAGAAAAAGAAACCCCGGACAUCUUUCACCCGGCUGCAGAUCUGCGAGCUGGAGAAGCGGUUCCACCGGCAGAAGUACCUGGCCUCGGCCGAGCGGGCCGCCCUGGCCAAGGCCCUCAAGAUGACAGAUGCCCAGGUAAAGACCUGGUUCCAGAACAGGAGGACAAAAUGGAGGCGACAAACUGCAGAGGAGAGGGAGGCCGAGAGACAGCAAGCCAACCGUAUCCUCAUGCAGCUCCAGCAGGAGGCCUUCCAGAAAAGCAUCAAUCAGCCCCUCCAGGCAGACCCCAUCUGUGUCCACAACUCUUCCCUCUUCGCCCUCCAGAACCUCCAGCCUUGGUCCGACGACUCGUCCAAGAUCACCAGCGUCACCUCCGUCGCCUCUGCUUGUGAAUAG